UCUCUGAGCAGCAGCAGUUCACCCGCCUGUGCGUGCUCUCGGUCAGUUGGCCAGGGUAUGUGAACGUGCACAUGAAUGCUGCAGAUGAAACGUGAAGACGCUGCAGAGAGUUUGGAGUGAAACUGAUUUCAUCCAGACUCUGUGGACGCACAGAGACCCCAGGACGGACUUGAACUGCUAAAACCUGACUGAACAUGAACACCGUGAAGAUUUUAGUGCUGCCUCUUCUCGUCACGUUAUUGCUCAGUUCUGUCUGUCUGUCAGUCACAGUAAGCAGCAGUAAACCCAGAGUAGAGGUCCACGAGCACACAGACGCAGUGCUGGCCUGUGAGUUCAAGACAGAGAAAGAUCAGAACCCUCGUAUUGAGUGGAAGAAAAAAGGAAAGGGCGUGACCUUUGUGUAUUUUAAUCAUAAAUUUACUGGGUCUUAUGCAGGACGAGCAAAAAUAGAAGGAGCGACACUGACGAUACACUCUGUUACCCAAAAAGACUCAGGGGAGUAUCGUUGUGAGGUGACUGCGAGCGAGGACCACGUGACUCUUGGAGAGGCCACAGUAAACCUUGAUGUGCUCGUGCCUCCUCAUGUCCCAGCCUGCGAGGUGCCGAGCUCUGUAUUUGUCGGCUCUGGCCUGGAGCUUCUCUGUAAGGACAAGCUCAGUGUGCCUCCCGCCACCUACCGCUGGUACAAAGACAAUAAGGCACUGACAGCCUCAGCAGACACCCCGUACCACGUCGACACAAACAAGGGCACGUUGGAGUUUAAGAGUGUGUCCAAAACAGAUGCAGGGAUGUACCGCUGUGAGUCCUCCAACAGUGUGGGGGCACCCAAAAGCUGUGUGGCCCAACAGCUGAAAGUUAUUGAAUAUCCUUUGAAUAUGACAAUUUUAAUAGCAGGUGGUGCAGGAUUUCUGGUGCUCAUCCUUCUCUGCUGCGUUUGUGUGUGCGUGUGCCGACGCCGAGGCUGCUGCAAGAAGGACAAGAAAACAAAAAGCACCAAGUCCUACAAUCCUCCUCCUCCUCCUCCUCCUCCUCCCGCCCGCAACCUCAAGCACUACAAACAAACUCAGUCCUUCAUGGUCUGA